GCAUGAAAAGAGUAUUACCAAGAAAAGAAGAGAGGAGUUACAAUCUGUGAAAGAAAAAUCGCUGGCAAAAGCAAGCAAGAAAUGGAAACAAAAUCAAAGCCAAUAAAAAUUUACAUGCUCCCAUUCUUCGCACAAGGACACUUAAUCCCUCUCGUCAACUUAGCUCGUUUAGUAGCUUCUAAAAACCAAAAAGUAACCAUCAUAACAACACCUUCCAACGCUCAACUCUUCGACAAAACAAUCGAACAUGACAAAGCCACUGGAAGCUUCAUCAACGUCCACAUUGUUAAAUUCCCGGCAACCCAACUCGGUCUCCCUAUCGGUGUCGAAAAUCUCUUCGCCGCUUCCGAUAACCAAACCGCCAGUAAAAUCGUCAUGGCAGCCCACAUCCUUAAACCAGAAAUUGAAGCCUUCAUGAAACAAAACCCACCUGAUGUUUUCAUUCCUGAUAUCAUGUUCACGUGGAGUGAAUCAACUGCUAAAAUUUUACAAAUCCCAAGGCUUGUUUUUAACCCAAUUUCAAUCUUUGAUGUUUGUAUGAUUGAAGCUAUAAAAUCUCAUCCUGAAGCUUUUGUUUCAGAUUCAGGUCCUUAUCAUAUUCCUGAACUUCCUCAUCCAAUCACACUUCCAAUUAAACCGUCACCGGGUUUCGCUAGGCUCACUGAGCCACUGGUCGAAGCAGAAAAAGGCUCUCACGGCGUUAUUGUUAACAGCUUCGCUGAAUUAGACGAAGGUUACACGGAAUAUUACGAGAAUCUCACCGGACGUAAGGUUUGGCAUGUGGGACCCACUUCACUCAUGAUAAAAACCACCCUAGAGAAAACGGAUAAUAUUAGUAAUGGAUCUUCCACGAAACACAAGUGUCUCACUUGGCUCGAUACAAAGGAGCCAAGUUCCGUUGUUUACAUUAGCUUCGGGAGUUUAUGUAGUUUAUCAAACGAUCAACUUCUAGAGCUAGCCAAAGGAAUUGAAGCUUCAAAGCAUCAAUUCCUUUGGGUGGUUCAUAGAAAAGGAGAUGAUGAUGAUGAUGAUAAUGAAAAUUGGUUACCAAAAGGUUUUAAAGAGAGGAUGAAAGAAGAGAAUAGAGGAAUGUUGAUUAAAGGGUGGGUCCCACAACCAUUGAUAUUGGAUCAUCCAUCUAUUGGCGGGUUUUUAACGCAUUGCGGUUGGAAUGCCACUGUGGAAGCUAUAAGUUCUGGAGUACCGAUGAUUACGAUGCCGGGAUUUGGGGAUCAAUAUUAUAAUGAGAAGUUGGUGACGGAGGUGCAUCGUAUUGGGGUGGAGGUGGGUGCGGCGGAGUGGAGCAUGUCACCUUAUGAUGCUAAGAAGACAGUGGUGAGUUGGGAAAGGAUAGAGAAAGGUGUGAAGAGUUUGAUGGAUGGUGAUGGUGGUGGUAAUGAAAUAAGAAAAAGAGCAAAAGAUAUGAAAGAGAAAGCAUGGAAAGCUGUUCAAGAAGGUGGAUCAUCACAAAAUUGUCUCACAGCACUUGUUGAUUACCUUCAAAGUGUGGUGGGCCCACGUCAGUCGAUCAACAACUAGCUAGUUUUUAAGUUCCGAUUUUCAUUUCCCCCUAAUUUACAAUAAUUAAUGGGCUGCCUUAGUUUGUUGUGAUGCUUUGCAGUCCAAAUCUCUGUUUACAAAAGCAUAUUUUUUUAAGCAAAUAAACUUAUUACCACAUGAUUGCAAUGAGACCAGACGAUAGAUAUAUCAGACUUUUGCCGGAAAUAAAGGUCACUCCAAUAGAUAAGAAAAGUUAAAUCAA